UAUAUAUCCGCCACGUCUCUACGGAAAUCGCGAAAUUUGGAACGAUCGAUUUUUAGAAGCGUACAUGUAAAGAUUUCCCAUCAUGAUUUCUGCAAGCGUCUAGAGGUACUACCAAUGAAAUCAAUCGCAACUACUCGGCCAUUUCCGUCAGUCUUCGGAUAAGAUAAUAGAUAUAUAUAAUAGCCGAGGCAGUUCCGAAUGCCAAUGAAAUGUAUACAGGGAUUUUUGCCGUAUUAGACACUUAUGGUGAAUUUAGGCAAUAGAAUACAGAUCAAAGGAGUGUUUGUAAUUCCGCUCCAUUAGUGCAUUAAAGAAAUAACAUUAAAACUGGCAGUCAUUGAGGUAGAUGGGAACCAAACAGUAGAGCAACACACGAAUUAUUUUGGAAGAAGAACACGACAAGGUAUCGCCCAGCAUGAAUAAUAAUCAAAGAAGACCUUCAACACAGCGGUUCAAGAAGAAACAUCGCUCAAAAUGUAUAAACCUUGGUAUAACGUUUUUCAAACCUAAACACAGACAAUAUUGUACUCUGGACUCACGUAUAAAAUCAUAUGAAAAUGAAAAUUGGAUUAAAGAUAACACACCGGGGAUAAAAGAACUAGCAGAGGCCGGACUUACAUAUAGAGGUGUUGCAGACUCUGUGAGUUGUUACUACUGUAAUAUCGGCCUACAAAACUGGGCGAAAGACGCCUGUCCUUGGGAACAGCAUGUACUAGCCAGUCCUGAUUGUGCCCACGUAGCUCAGUGCAAAGGUAAAGCUUAUAUUAGAAAAAUUCUAGGGGAAAACGAUCAAGAUUCGAAUGUUGAAGUGGACGAUUCAAAGGAAUUUGUUGAUACUGUGGAAGAAGCUUUUAAGAGAAAUGAAGCAGCUGUGACUGCAGCAAAGCAGUAUUAUACUAACAAACAAAUCAUUAAUAAAGCUGUCAAAUCGUUAAUAAAAGGUUACCGUCAAAGAUCCUUCACUGCUGUUGAACUCAUAGCUGCUAUUGAAGAAGUUGAAAAAGAGCAGUUAGGAAAUAACUCACAAGCAAAAUCUGAAGAUGUAGAAACUGACGGUAGUACGUCUGAGACAGAUGAAGAAGAUGAAGAAGAACUAAACAGACAAUUGAAGGAGCCAAUUACUUGCAAAAUUUGUUUUAACGCUAUUGCUUGUAUAGUUACAUUACCAUGUGGCCACAUGUUUAGCUGUCCCCAGUGUUUACCAGCACUUACUAAAUGUGCAGUAUGUCGGUCCGAUAUAAAUGGAACUGUUCGAGCCAAGAUGGCCGUUUAAAUACAUGUUUUUGUCUGAGCUUUUAUGCUCCCCAAACAAAAGGGGAGCUUAUAUUCGCCCCUUUGUCCGUCCGUAUCCCGUAUUUCUGUUGUUCUUUCCCACGAUUUAGUUAAGCAUCUUCAUUCAUUGACCGAUACCUUCCAUAUUUGGUUGCUAGGUAGAUGGUUCUGUGUCACUGAUGUCAAGGUCAUUGGUCAUUAAAUAGAUAUAUCCCAGCAGGCACAUCAACGUUGUUUCAACGUUGAAUUAUGGUCAGAUUUCAACGUUGAAAUAAGGUUGGAUUAAUAUUCGGAUUUGAAAGUUUAAACAACGUUGAAAUUUCAACGUUGAUACAACGUUGCAACUUCAACGUUGGCGCAACGUUGAAGUUUCAAUGUCAUUUCAACGUUGAAAACCCACCAUAUUUUAAUUUUGGAUAUAAAGCAAAGUAACCAAGUUUAACAAAAUAUCAAGACAAUAUUAAAUACUUCAGAUAUUUUAUUUCAAAAAUACAGUUCAAGUGCAGCUUAAAUUCACUUUAAUAGCUACAAUUUGUUCCAAUCUUUUCUUUUAGACAUUUCUGGGUAUGUCAAGUGUUUGAGUACUUCUUUGGCUGUCUCUUACUGCUUCUGCAAAUAAAAAUAAGAAGUUUGUAGUUAAAAGUGGCUUGCUUAAUCUCAAAUUAUACAUAUAAUUACUCAACUUAGUGAUUUGUUUUUAUCUUAAAUACUUAUCUCUUAGAUUUACAUCAUAAAACAGCAUAGAAAUUGAAACAUAGCUAAGUUUGAUAUUGACAGCAAAUACUGUACAUAAGACAACAAAAUCUUUUUAAAAAAAGAAGCUAUUUCAAAGUCUCACCUAUGAUUGGUAAGAAAAACUGCUCCCCGUCAGUUACUUGCAGCAUAUUCCCAAGAAAUUAUCAUUCUAGGCUCUAGCUAAGAUCAUUUUAUGCAGCAUCCUGAAAUCAACAAACUUUUGUAUUUUGUAUUAAUAAUGUUACAGGAAUAUUCUGAAAAUAAUAUAUUUAAAGACAAGUUAAAUAUCCAGUAGUUGAAAAACUUAUACUAUGUAUUGUAAAGAUAUUCAAAUAUAUAAAUUAAUAAGAAUUAAUUUCAAUUUAACAAACCUGACAGUCCUUUUCAUGUUGAAUAUAUGGUAUACAGAAUACAUCUGCAAAACUCUUAAUUUCAGCCAGGACCAGGAUCUAGAAUAUAAAAUAAUAUAUAAUGAAAUAGAAAUAGAUUUAUUAUUCCCUAUUAAUUUACGACUAUUAAACUUUAAAGUUUAACACUCAACUUUGUUUUUUAACUUCAUAAUAAAUUAUUUUUUUCAAAGUAAUUAACACUGUAUUAUACUAUCACUAAAUAUAAACAUAGCUAUAUUGACGAAUCGUCUUGGGACGUAAAUUAUGUGGGCCGAACUACUUUAUAGGUUUCAUUUUUUAUAAUUGAUGAAAUUUUGAUUAGGAUAUAGUACAGAAAAAUGUUAAAUAAUAUGAAAAAUAAAUUAAAGAAAGACAAGAUUUGUAAAAUCAUAAAUUGUCAAGGACAUCAAUAAAUUAGUGUUUACAAGGCCUGAACCCAAUCAUUCAAUUAGGUCGCGAAAACGUGUCAAAUCAACUCAAUCAUGUGUUUUCAUCUCUCAUUUAUUUCAUAAAGUAAAUUAAAGUAGAAUUUUAAGAAUAAAUAAUAAUAUUUUAGAAAAUAAUCAGUAAACUAAAGUAAAACAUUACGGUAAUACCUCCGAAAUCCAAAUAAAUUGCCGAAUCGUGUUGUUUUCCGAUGUGUUCAAAUUUCGAAACAGCGCCACCAUUAGCACGAACGAUAAUCAUAGACACAAAUCAUAGACCGCAACAAUUACUUCCCUUGACCAGCGUUAUUUUAUAAACGGGGUUUUGACUAAUAUCAAUUAACUAAUUAAUAUUAUUCAUAAAGAACUAAAAAAUAAAACAACAAACAACAAAACAUAUUACCACGGAUUUAUAUAAAUCCGUGAUAUAACUUAAUAUUUAAAGAGGUAAUAGAAAGUGAAAAAUUAUUUCCAACUUUAUUUGUUUAAACGCUAAUUUUGAAUAUCAUAAUAAACCAUAAACAACGUUGAAUCAACGUUGAAUAUACAGUGGCAAUAUAUCCGUAUGGUCGCCCAUAGUUGAAUAUUUGUUGAACAACGUCCGACCAUAUUUCAACGUUGUUUCAACGUUGAAACAACGUUGAGUGCCUGCUGAGAAUGUUUACACUUUUGCUCUGACAUACAUCAUUCAUUAACCGAUGUUUUUCAUAUUUUGUAAGUACAUACCUUUUGUGGUCCUCUAACUUUGCUUGUAAUUAGGGGUCACGUAGGUCAAGGUCACCGGUACUAGAAAUAUAUUUAUACACUUUUGCUCAAUCAUUAACCAAUGUCUUUCAUAUUUGGUAUGAUAUACAUGUACCUUUGGAUAGUCCUGUUACUUGGUUGGAACCAUCAAGAUCAUUAUCAAUGAUGCUUGGAAUAUUUUGCAUUGUACAUAGUAUAUAAACGAAAGUGCAAUUUUGGGGAGCAUCUAUCGCCUCUAGCGAUAUGUCUUGUUGUUUAAUAUGUUGUAAGCUAUAAUAUUGGUUUUCAGAUUUGCAGCAAUAUUCCGUAUAUCAUUUAAAAUCAUAUUAUUUUCCUCAUCAGUUAAAGACUUGUGUUUAGUUAAUAUCCCUGUUUCAAAUGUAUCUUAAGUAAUGUAUGUACACAAUGUAUUAUACUUCCGAUUAUUUGUGCAAUGUAUCCAAUAAGGAAGAAAAACGUUGGGUUGUAAUAAAGAAAACAUAUAAAAAAAUAAAGGCAUAA